UUUUUCUUUUUUUUAUAAAUUUUUGUAAUCAUCAAACAUUAAAAUCAUCAUGGAAUAUACGGUCGAAUUAAAUUAUUUUUUGAUACUUACAACAAUAAUGAUUGUGGCUUCCACACAUAAUUUUAUUAAAUCGAUCGUAUUUUAUCGCGGGGAUUAUUUAAAAUUUUCAAGUAUAUUAAAGAUUACUUUCAAUAUAAGUGGUCUCUUAUGCGCUCUAUCCAAUAUUGGAUUACUUAUUACGAUAAAUACCACUUCUUUAUCGCAAUGUUUGUUGACUACUUAUUUACAAGUUUUAUUAGAUUUCAUAUUUUCAGAAUUUCUCAUCAUUUUCUUAGUCUGGAAACUAAGACAAUUCAUAAAAUCAAAAUUAGAUAAUUACAUUGUAUAUGGUUUACUUUUAAUUAGAAGUUUGUUCUAUAUCAUCUCCAUUGCAUUCAUACAACCACAAAUAACGUUUAACAUCACUUCACCUAAUGUUACUUCAUGUGAUAAUGACGCACAUCAGGAAAAGUGGUUUUUGAUUACGACUAUAGCUGAUCUUUCGAUAGACGUUUACGUUACUUUUCGUAUUAUUCAAUGCAUACUGGGUUAUUCAACUACCAAUCAACGCUCUCAUUCACCCUACACAUCAAUUGUAGUGAAUUCAUUACCCAUUUUAAUUGCUUCAUUAUAUCAUAUAAAUACAUUCAUUUUUAAAUUAUCGAUCCCUGGGUACAUGUUUAAAACAGUCACUUUCGUUAUCUUAUCCUACGUUAUAACUUUUAUCAUAGAUUUACCUCAUUUAAGUGAAUCUGAUCUAGAAAAAAGAAAUUUUGAACAAGGUAUUGUUCAACCUUCAAUUCCUGAUGAAGAUAUUGUAUUAAGAACUUCUAAUGGAAUGUUGGUAGAUAUGCCUUUAAACAAUGUUCGUGAUGAAAUUAAGAUGGAACAACAAUAUAAAGUUGAAAAGUUGGAACCUGAUAGUGAUGUUGGAUUUUUAAAACAAUCUUUAUCAUUUUAUGAAGUAAUAUCUGUACUUUUUGGAAAUGACAAGGAUGAUAAAAAACAAUCUUCUUAAAUUAAUUUAUUAUAUAUAUAUUAUUUUAGUAAAAACAUUUUUUUCAAAUAAAAAAAAAAAUUAUUAAACUGCGGCGCAGUAUAAUAAUAA